AUGGCUGGUAUGGCAGCUAAGAUGAUACUUGGUAACAAGCUGAGUAGCGUGAAAGGUGAGCUUGGAAACUUAGCUGGAGGAGAAGGAGAAGGUAACGACAAAGAUGACGAAGAGGCUGCCCUCAUUGAAGAAGCGCGACAGCAGCAAGAGGAGGAGAGGAAAGCCAGACAUGCUAAGAUGGAAGCAGAAAGAGAGGUGGAGAGACAGAGGAUAAGAGAAAAGUAUGGACUGAAGAAGAAAGUGGCUGAGGAACCGGGGAUGCCAGAGCCUGAUGAUGCUGGCCGGAUUACAAGGAAAAAGAAGACACCUGCCGAGAUGCAGCAGGCAUUACAACAACAGGAGGAUGAAGAAGAAGGUUUUAUGGAUACAGUGAAAGGUUUUGUCGCACCAUUUGCAGAAAAACUUGGACUGGACCUUUUUAAAUAGGUAUUAACCUUUCAGGGAUGAAGAGUUUCAUCAUCGUCAGUUGUAACCCAGGCCGAACCUACUUCUUAUGAAAAAAAAAUUGACAUUUAUUUUUGUUGGGAAAUUGUCUAGUAAAUCUAUGGUCAAUCAAGAAGAUGUCAUUCUUUGCCCAUUUGUCCAUUGUUUGCAAUGGAUUUUAGUAUUGUUAUCACUUUCUUGUGAUUACUAUAUAUAAUAGACAAUAAUUUAAAAAUCAUAUCAGUUUUGGAUAGUAUAUAAUUAGAAUGAUAUUUUGUACUAAGUAAAAUCUAUCUGGAAUAUGGUACCUCUUAUAAUGUAAAAGAUGGUUGUAUUAAGAUUAUGUUGAAAUUGUAUCGAGGUGUUCUUUAAAAGAAACAGAAAACAACUCUAUUUCUUUAUCCUAUGCACAUAAUCGUAUUUCAUGUUUGGAGUUUCAUCACUUUAUUUCAGGACCAAAGUGUGAAGAGAAUGGGUCCCUGAAGGUCUAUCAGAUUGCUACAGCAAUAUUUUACUUUUUAGUCCACUAUUUAACUCAAAACAGUGUGUGUCUAUUUUGUAUUUGACAUAAAUGGUCUAUUUAAUUAAAGGCCCAUAGAUUGGUGCCAGUAAUGCACAAAAUGAAGUAGCACCAGAGUUAUAUUAAAAAAAUGGCACCACUUUUGAAAUGUAUGCUGUGUAUGGAAGGUUCACCGUAGAAUGAUAUUGAUUCACCUGGUGGGUGUUUUAUAAAGCUCUUCGUAAGUGACGAGCAACUUUACAAACCACUGAUGAUCCUUUCAUAGGAGCUGAUGAAACUUUGGUGCAAAUAAAAAUUAACCACAAUAUUGGAUUUGUAAGGUUGCUCUUACUUACGUACGGUUUUAUGUAACACCAACCAGGUCACUAACACUUACACUAAACUCACUUGCCUACACCACAGUAGUUAGAUCUUACACACACAGCAUGCUCGUCGACAUUUGUUGUCUGGACAUGGGCCCCAGCAACCCACAUUAAAGUUAACGCAAAACUAAUACGUUGCCAUUUAAGUAUCCAAUUAUGUUUCAUAGUCUGAAAAAGAUGAAAGAAUAUUUUUCAACUUGAUAUGCUCCACCCUUCGAUAAAGGAGCUUCAGAUUUUAUUUGUGAAGUGACAACAUCAACCUUGACCAUCUGAAGGUGCAAUGUCAGGCAUACUGUAGCAUCACCAGCAAAAGAAACUACUUUUAUUGUAUUCCAAAUAAGCGUGGAAUUCUAUUGUGUGCAUUCGCUACAAGUAAGCUGUUGGAAAUUGAAUGUAGAUGCCAUCGUCUAUUGUUAAAUAUUAGUGACUUUGAUUCUGGGAUUGGGCUCACCAAGUUGAAAAAUAUUCUUUCAAAUUAAAAAAAAUAUAUGUAUAUACAAAAAUUUCAUGAUAUACUUGGAUACUUAAAUCAAAAUAUACGAGUCAUAUUCAGCACAAAACUCAUACAAUUCUCAUCUUUGAUCCCAUGAUGAUAAAUCUUCUCAUACAAUUCUCAUUUUUGAUCCCAUGAUGAUAAAGCUUCUCAUACAAUUCUCAUUUUUGAUCCCAUGAUGAUAAAUCUUCUCAUACAAUUCUCAUUUUUGAUCCCAUGAUGAUAAAGCUUCUCAUACAAUUCUCAUUUUUGAUCCCAUGAUAAAGCUUCUCAUACAAUUCUCAUUUUUGAUCACAUGAUUAUAAAGCUUAUCAUACAAUUCUUAUUUUUGAUCCCAUGAUGAUAAAGCUUCUCAUACAAUUCUCAUUUUUGAUCCCAAGAUGAUAAAGCUUCUCAUACAAUUCUCAUUUUUGAUCCCAUGAUGAUAAAGCUUCUCAUACAAUUCUCAUUUUUGAUCCCAUGAUGAUAAAGCUUCUCAUACAAUUCUCAUUUUUGAUCCCAUGAUGAUAAAGCUUCUCAUACAAUUCUCAUUUUUGAUCACAUGAUUAUAAAGCUUCUCAUACAAUUCUCAUUUUUUGAUCCCAUGAUGAUAAAGCUUCUUUCAAGAGAUAUAUUUUAGUUGGGGUUCAUGGUCUUUGCGAUCAUUGACCGUUAAAUUAGUCCUUGACAAAAUGUUGCAAAAAAUAGGCAUGACGAAUCUCACCUCACCUUUUAAAGAAAAAUGGUUGUAUUACACUGCAUGUGUAUUCACUCUGUAAGUAAGCAUUGCUCUCACAUAUACCACACAUGAUAUAUCCUUUUUGUUGAUUAAUUUUUAUCUGCAGUCAAAAUGUAAGCUUAAUUCAAAAUGUUAGAAAUUAGGUGCUAUUACUAAAAACAACAAUUGUGCAAUAUUUAUUAUCAAUGAUGAGAAAUCACUCGUGGACUGAUUUCCUGAUCCUGUAUUUCUUAAAGUGAUUUAUCCAUUUCCAUUCAUUAUUAUUCUACACAUUCUAAAGUGAUAUCUAAAAAGAAACUCUUUUACAAGGGAAGGGUAGAGAAAAAUUUUCUGAUUCCAUUCUUUUUUUAUUACUGGUAUUGUUUGAACGAGACCAAAUAUAGAACCAUGUUUAGGGCAAAUGAUGAGAAUUUUAUUAGAACUAUUGAAAUAUAAUCAAAAUCUUAACGGAUUUUAAUUGAUAGAAUCGGGUACAUAUCUUCAUCCAAGUUUUGAAGACCAAAGAAAAACAUUAAGAAUUGUCUUAAUGAUUUUAGAUUAAAAUGUGCAAUAGAUCUUUUCUUGGUUGUUUUGUUGGUUUCAUAAACUGAAAUAAAGUAAUACUGAGGUAAGGACAGGUUGGGGAUUUUCAUGUAAAUAAGAUAGCAAAGAAUUAUGGCUGUAUUUGAAGUAGGAAACAAUCUAUCUUUAUAAAUUGUUUUCAGUGUAUAUUGUGCAUACUAAAAAGAAUGUUUAUUUAUUUGCCAAGCAAUUUUCCAAUGCAUUAUAUGUAAAGCUUAUAAUGUCUUAUUGUGGCUGAUUGUACAUUAUGAUAGCUCUUGAUAUGUCUUCGUAAAAAGUGUUUGAAAAGAUCUAGUACAUUUUUUAUAUAUGUACUCGCUAUUAAACAAUUGUCAUAUUCUCUGUUGUAUUCGUAUAUUGUUAUGAAUGAUGAAAGUACUGGUAAAGAUGUUGCCUUUGUGGUGGUCAAAUUGUUUUUUCAUCCAUCUGAGUGGUGUUCAAAUUGUAUUUUCAUCCAUCGAAGUACUUAAAUCAUAUGACCUCAUAUAACUUUGUAUUCAAGCAUUUAAUUAUUAGAUUUCCUUCUGAUUGUUUGAUUUCAUUAUCACUUCUGCAUUCAAUUGUACAUUUAUCACAAAAUCAUCAAUUACUUCUUUUUUUCUAAGUUUUAGUUCUUUCUUAUACCCCGUUCCCACUGUUGUGCGAUCCUUUACGAAAGACACAAUUGACAUUUUAACCAUCCACAAUUUUUCUACGAUCAAUACGAUUGCCGUAAUAUCAUGUACACUUUCUUAAUAAAUAUUUCUUUUGUCUUUAAUGUGAUAUAUUCCUCAAGUGAUUUCAAGAAUUGCAAUUUAUUUUUUGUUCUUGCCACUUUAAACAUUCCUUUUGAAAAUUCCAAAGUGAAAUUACCUCUGUAGUACCUUAUGUACUUCAGGUGAACAAUUAUUCAAUUGUCAGUUGACUUGUUGUAUUUGCCAGAUUUUUUACCAGACAUUUCCUUGUGUAUAACCAAAAAUUCAUAGCAUGUACAUGAAUAUAAAUGCAUCAUUAUGAGAUAAUUGUGACCGGUAGGCCUUUCCCCCACUCAUUUAACCCCAUAGGUAUUAUGUAAUUUACAGAAGCCAUGUUCAUUGUUGUGAUCAUUCUCUCUUUUCUUUCAUACACAUUGGUGACGUGUAUUGAAUUCAUUCUCAUUGUCUACUUGCAUUAUGAUAGUGUAUGUCAACCCAAGUUAUUGAGUUGUCUAUGAAAUAUUCUUGCCAUUGCACACACAAAGCCUUGUAUAGUCACAUAUCGUACCUAUAAAAGGGGAAAAAUUCUUUUUUCAUAAAGCAAAUAGAAAUAGAAAU